GCAACCCUAUUGUACUUUUUUUUUUUUAGGAUAAAACAGGUUUUGUUGAUUUUCUUACAAUGACAGAUUCCUUAGCAAAGUACGCUGUAUAUAUCGAUGAUUUUAGCAAAAUCUGCGUUUUGGAACCAGACGUAGUAAAUCAAAGUGAAAAAUUAAAAACAGACUGCUAUGGCUUUAUUACGAAAACAACAGAUUUUAAACAAAAAUCAGAUGAAUUUAUAUCACAAAUGGAUGAAUUGGCAAAAGAUGUAGAACGAGAAAAAAUGCAAACAAUAGGAGCAAGAAAUGUUUUUCGAUCUGUUGCUAAGCAACGAGAGACAGAGAAAAGAAAAAUACAGACGCUAAUGAUGGAAAAGGCAAUGGAACUCGAGAGACUACGAAUUGAAUUUGAGUCGUUAAAAAAAAUAGAAGUGGAACAACUUGAAACUAUUGAGCACUUAACAGUUAAUUGAAUUUACAAAGGAAAAAAAAAUUAAAAUUGAACUUUGCGUCUCUUAUCUUUCAUGUUGUUGAUAUUGGAUAUAUUUAAUAAGCUGCAGAAAGAAAUAGUUUUAAACCAGAAUAAGUGAAUAACCAUUUUCUUCUGAUAAAAAUUUAUAUAAUUUUGUUUAUUUUAAUUCUCGAUACAUUAACUUAAUUAUGAUUCUUUGUUCAUUUUGUGUGUGUACUGUUGAGACUGGCUACAGUACGAAUAUGUGAAAGCUAAAGACAAAUAACCAAGUUGUAUUGUUUUUUCAUUUUGUAUUUCUUCGAAACAAUUAUUAGAGAAUU